GGCGCUGGGCGUCGAGCAGCCCAACCAGAUGAAGGGGCUACAGGUGUUCAUUGCCGACAUCAGGAACUGCCCCACCAAGGACCUGGAGGAGAAGCGCGUCAACAGGGAGCUGGCGAAGAUUCGCCAGAGAUUCACGGCCGAAGGUGACAAGAUGUCUGGCUACGACAAGAAGAAAUACAUCUGGAAGCUGCUUUAUGCAUACAUGCUCGGCUACGAGAUCGACUGUGGCCAUCAUCUGCAGGCCGUGAAGCUGUGCUCGAGCUCGAAGUUCAGCGAGAAGACGGCCGGGUAUUUGGCGAUUUCCUUAUUACUCGCCGACAACGAGAAGAUGCUCACUAUGGUGGUCAACAGCAUCAAGCAGGACAUGGCGUCCGGGAACGACGCCCUCGCGGCGCUGGCGCUCAACACCGUGGCCAACAUCGGCGGCGCGGAGUUCGCGGAUAACCUCUUCUCGGACAUCGCGAGAAGCCUGAUCAGCCCCAGCUCCAGGC